AUGAGUGCUGCUUCAAAGAUGACUAUGGUCUAUAGGCCGUCUUCCCGUGUAUCAUCCAUGCUGUUAAUGAAUUAUAACGUUAUUGGUAAAUGUUCUCGUGUGCAACAACCGGUAAUGUCCUUUAAUAGAUAUUCAAAAAUUGGAAUGUAUCAUUAUUAUUCAACCGAAUCAAUCGAUAAAUCUAAAUCCAAAAUUAUUAAGAAAACAAAGGCUAAAGAACCUUUAAUGACUAGAAUUAAACAUGAAGUUAAUCAUUAUGUUAACGGUACAAAAUUAUUAGGUUAUGAAAUUAAAAUUUCAACAAAAUUAUUAGUUAAAUUAGUACAAGGUUAUGAAUUAUCAAGACGUGAAUCAAAUCAAUUAAGAAGAACAAUGGGUGAUGUAUUUCGUUUAGUACCAUUCUCUGCAUUUGUUGUAAUUCCAUUUGCUGAAUUAUUGUUACCAAUUGCAUUAAAAAUUUUCCCAAAUCUAUUACCAUCAACUUAUGAAUCAGGUAGUCAAAAGGAACAAAAACGUCAUAAAUUAAUUGAAAUUAGACAGAAGACAUCAAAUUUAAUUCAUGAUACAUUAGAAGAGAGUCAGUUAGUUGCUUAUAAUUCUAUUGAUUCAACUGAAAAUAAACGUGUAUUUUAUGAUUUCUUUAAAAAAAUUUAUGAUAAUGAUUCAAAAGAAAUUUAUUUCACUCAUGAUGAAAUUAAGACAGUUGCUCGUUUAUUUAAGAAUGAUACCGUAUUAGAUAAUUUAUCAAGACCCCAAUUAAUGGCAAUGGCUAAAUUUAUGUCUUUGAGACCAUUUGGUAGUGAUAAUAUCUUAAGAUAUCAAAUUCGUUAUCAAUUGAAAAAUAUUAUUAAUGAUGAUAAAGUAAUUGAUUAUGAAGGAAUUUCAAGUUUAACUCAAGAAGAACUAUAUCAAGCAUGUGUAUCUCGUGGGUUAAAAGCUUAUGGUGUUCCAUCAGAAGAAUUAAAAGAUAGUUUACGUAUUUGGUUAGAUUUAAGACUUAGAGAAAAAAUUCCAAGUGUAUUAAUGGUUCUAAGUUCAACUUUUACAUUUGGUGGAUUAGGUGAUGGUAAACUUGUUGAAGGUUCACAUUUAAGAGUUAAAAAAUCCAUUGAAAAUGAAAAAAUUAAGGAUUCAAAAUAUGAAAAUCUUUUAGAUUUAUAUUAUGAUGGUAUCUUACAUGUCUUAAGUUCAAUUCCUGAUCCUGUAUAUAAUGUUGCCAAAUUAGAUGUUGUUGAAGCAAAGAAUAUUGAACAACCUGAAUUGAAACUUGCUGAACAAAUGAAGAAAAUUGAACAAGAAAAAAUUAAUGAAAGGAAAGAGACUCCAAUUCAAAAGAAGACUAAGAAAGUUCCUGUGGUUCCAAAACUUUCAGAAACCAAGAAAGUUCUUAUCCCUGAGACCAAUUCAAACUCUAAAGCUGAACCUGAAAAGGAAGAGAAGAAGAAAAAACCAAGUCCUGAUACUAAUGAGUUGAAAUUACAAGUGUUGAGAGAACAAGAAGAAUUAAUUAAACAAGAAGCAGAAGAUGCUAAGAAGAGAGCCACAAAGGAAGAACCUGUUGCGGAUAAUAUCUCCUUAGAUAAAGACGAUACACCAACAGUACCACCUGUCCCAUUAGAUCAAGCUGCUAAGAAUGCCAUCACCAAGAAAUAA